CUCAAAUUUCCAGUCCAUCAACUUCUUUCAAGCACGCCUCUGGACGGCCUGUCAUAUCUUCUCCCAUCUUUCAACUCUCAAAGAUCGAACGGGAUGGAUGAUUCAUCUCCUCAGUCGGAUUACCCCUUAUCUGAAUCAUCAGAGAGCUCGCUGCAUGGUCAGAGUGUACAGAUAAUCCCUUUUCAGGUAUCUGAAGGGCCUUUAAAGUUCUUGCCUCUGCAUGGGAACUUAGAUAUUUGGGUUUAUGAGGCAAAAAACCUCCCCAAUAUGGACAUGUUCUAUAGAAGUUUCCAAGACAUUUUUGGGAUAUUCCCCACGAAUUUCAGCAGAAAAGUUGAAGGAGAAGGGCCUCAAAAGGAUACCAGUGAUCCAUAUGUGGUUAUUUCAGUAUCUGAUGCUGUAAUCGGGAGGACUUAUGUGAUAAAAAAUAGUGAAAACCCUGUUUGGACGCAGCACUUUUAUGUUCCUGUUGCACAUUAUGCCGCUGAGGUCCAUUUUGUUGUAAAAGACAAUGAUGUCAUAGGCUCCCAGCUUAUAGGUGUUGUAGGGGUUCCAGUGCAGCAGCUGUAUUCAGGAGAAAAAGUAGAGGGAACCUUCCCAAUCCUCAAUGCAAGUGGGAAGCCAUACAAGCAGGGAGCUGUCUUGACUAUUUCAAUUCAAUAUACCCCAAUAGAUAAACUGAACAUAUAUCACCAAGGAGUUGGUUGUGGUCCUGAUUACAAUGGUGUUCCGGGCACUUACUUUCCUCUGAGAAAAGGUGGAAAAGUUACACUUUAUCAAGAUGCUCAUGUUCCUGAUGGCUGCCUUCCAAAUACAAAUCUUGACCAUGGGAUGCAAUACAAGAAUGGGAAAUGUUGGCAUGACAUCUUUGAUGCAAUACAUCAGGCUCGUAAGUUAAUUUACAUUACUGGGUGGUCAGUGUACCAUAAAAUUACUCUGGUUAGAGAUGGUGAUUGCUCAUCAGACUCCACUCUGGGGGAUCUUCUCCAGUCCAAAUCACAGGAAGGUGUGAGAAUUCUGCUUCUUGUAUGGGAUGAUCCUACAUCAAAGAAAAUUUUGGGUUAUAAAACAGAUGGACUCAUGCAAACCCAUGACGAGGAGACUCGUCAUUUUUUCAAGCAGUCCUCAGUGCAACUGAUCCUUUGUCCCCGAUCUGCUGGGAAAAGGCACAGCUGGGCCAAACAGCAGGAAACCGGGACACUCUAUACACAUCAUCAAAAAACUGUUAUUGUAGAUGCUGAUGCUGGUAACAAUAAAAGAAAGAUCAUAGCUUUUGUUGGAGGACUUGAUUUAUGUGAUGGGCGAUAUGAUACUCCAGAACAUCCCAUAUUGAGGACAUUACAAACAGUGCAUAAAGAUGACUACCAUAAUCCUACUUUCACGGGUCCAGUUGUUGGUUGUCCAAGAGAACCAUGGCAUGAUUUGCAUUGUAAAAUAGAUGGUCCAGCAGCCUAUGACAUCCUCACUAACUUUGAAGAGCGUUGGCAGAAAGCAACAAAACCAGAGGGAAUUAAAAGGUUUAAAAAGCCAGUUGAUGAUGCCUUGCUCAGAAUAGAAAGAAUUCCAGACAUCAUUGGGAUGCUUGAUGUUCCUUGCUUAAGUGAGACUGAUCCAGAGAAUUGGCAUGUUCAGGUUUUUCGUUCAAUUGAUUCAAAUUCCGUGAAAGGUUUUCCCAAGGACCCAAAAGAUGCUAUAAAUAAGAACCUAGUAUGUGGCAAGAAUGUUCUGAUUGACAUGAGCAUACACACAGCUUAUAUAAAGGCCAUCCGAGCUGCCCAACAUUUCAUUUAUAUUGAGAAUCAAUACUUUCUUGGGUCGUCAUAUAAUUGGGAUUCAUACAAAGAAUUAGGUGCUAACAAUUUAAUACCAAUGGAAAUUGCUUUAAAAAUUGCUAACAAGAUCAAGGCAAAUGAGAGGUUUGCUGCCUAUAUAGUUAUCCCAAUGUGGCCUGAGGGUGUUCCAACAAGUAUUGCCAUGCAAAGAAUUUUACUUUGGCAGAAUAAAACAAUGCAAAUGAUGUAUGAGACAAUCUACACAGCUUUAGAAGAGACUGGACUUGAGAAGACACAUGUCCCACAAGACUACUUGAAUUUUUUCUGCCUUGGCAAUCGUGAGGCUCAAGAUGUAAAUGACACUUCAUGUGGUGGAAAUACUACUGUUGCUAACAAUCCUCAAGCACGCACCCAGAAGAGUCGACGCUUCAUGAUCUAUGUUCAUUCCAAAGGCAUGAUAGUAGAUGACGAGUAUGUGAUAUUGGGGUCUGCAAACAUCAACCAGCGCUCCAUGGAAGGCACUAGAGACACCGAGAUUGCAAUUGGCGCCUACCAACCCUCACAUACAUGGGCUAGAAAUAUGUCCAGUCCAAAUGGUCAGAUCCAUGGAUACAGGAUGUCCCUGUGGGCAGAACAUAUUGGAACUAUUGAGGAAUGCUUUAAACAACCAGAGAGCCUCGAAUGUGUUAGGCGGGUUAGAUCUCUGGGUGAGCUGAAUUGGAGUCAAUUUGCAUCUGAUGAUGUUACAGAGAUGAAGAGUCACCUCCUAAAGUACCCGGUUGAAGUGGACCCCAAGGGCAAAGUGAACCCUCUUCCUGGAUGUGAAACUUUUCCCGAUGUGGGAGGGAACAUAGUGGGAACUCCUUUUGCCAUUCAAGAAAAUCUUUCUGUGAUAUUACCUAAACAAGAGAAUCUUACUAUCUGACCCUCAGGCAUGGAGACAUUGACCAGUACAAUUGACAUUGAUUCAGAGAAAGUUCAGAAGCAGCUACACAAGUUAGGUUCAUACGUUUUGCUUAGUUUGUGUUUGUAAAAGGCUUUCCAGCCAGUUAUUCAUACAACAAUGUCACUUGGGCAUUUCAGUUGAUAAGGGUGCAGCCCCAACUCGGUUUGUCAGGUGCUGUAUAUAUAUGCAUCAAAUACAUUUCUAAAAGGUCCUAAGAUUUUCAG